AUGUCAGAUGAACACAAGCUAUAUAUCAAGAAAAUAAACAGUAAAAUUUCCAAAUUAUCCAAAAAGGAUCUAUUAUUAAAAGAUAUUUAUCCAAAAAUUUCAAUAGAUGAACUUAACGCUUUAAUAGCAAAAGAAAAAGGAGAAUUCUACAAUAUCAUUCUCAAGAAGAUGGAUGACGAAGAGAUAUCUAUACAUGUGCCUCAUCAUUGCACUGUCAAUUCCUUAAAAAAUCUUAUUAAAAAACGUAUUAAUAGAAAAUUAAUGGUGGAUAGUAAUAGACAAAAUAUUUGUUGGAAAUAUAUUUGGAAAACUUAUUGGUUAUAUUAUAAAGGACAAAAAUUAAGUGAUGAAAAGAAUGAAAUUGAGGUAUACGGUAUACAUGAAAAUAGCAAAAUAACUUUUAUCAAAAGACUACGUAAAAAAUGA